CUGUGAUGUCAGGGCCUUGCUCAGUUCUAUGGCACUCGGGGCCACGAUUGCCCGGCUGGCGGCAGCUCGCUCCGUCCUGGUGGCUGUGUGCCCGUGGCGGGAGCGCAUCUGCCAGGGGUCGCGUGGAGCUUUUGCCCGAGUGGCCGUGCCUUGGGCAGCCCAAUCUCCUGGGGCUGAAGGAGGAGGGGCUGUAAUACUGCAGGGGAGCUUGCUUACUGCCCAACAUGAGGCAGAGGAAGGCUCCCCCAAAACCACAAGGGGCACCGAGAGCCCGUUCACGGAGGAGAGCUGGCAGCGAGGCGGAGAAUGCGGUCACCCACUCGCCGGCGGAGCGGGCCGCGGCCCAGCAAGGGCCUGCGAGCUGCAGGGACAGCUCUCCAGCCAAAGAGAGCUUGGUCUUGACCAUUUCCAGCAGUCCGGCGCAGGUGUCCCCCCAGAGAUACCUCGGCACUGGCAUCUCCACCCUGCAAGAGAUCAGCGAGAAGAGGAGCAGGCUGCUGCUGAUCCUGUGCUCCGUCCUCAUAGCCGCCAUCGGUGGUGCCUGCUGCGGAACCGUGCUGCCCGUGUGGAUUCUGCUGGCCAAGGAGGUGCCACAGGUGCUGCCGGAGCAGCCCGUGGGUGAGCUGAAGUCCGUGUGCGUCUGCAGGAACUCCCUCGCUCUGCUGGAGACAGAGGCCCGGGAGGUGCGAGAGCUGAGGGAGGAGGUGGCGCGCCUGGCUGCCGAGAUGAGCCGUAUGAAGAAGGAACUUCAGGACGCGAGAACGGCAACGUCUGCGAUGCUUCUGGAAGAGGACGUCCCGAAGUUGGCCUGGGCUGUGAAAAGCAGCGCAGGGUUCACCAUCGACCUGCAGAGAUUGCCCAGGAGCUCUGCGAGCCUCUGCGGAGUGUUCUGGUUCCUUUGCGGGCUGAAACCCCUGGAUACUUUUGUGCAGCCGGACGUUUCCCCGGGGUACUGCUGGCCUUUCCAAGCGUCUCGGAGCUGGGCGAUCGUUAGGUUGCCCGCACAAGUCCAACCAACCGCCAUCAGUGUGCAGCACCCCCUAAAGAAGUCCUCUGCGCUUGGGGACAUCGGCAGCGCCCCCCGAGAUUUCACCGUCUCUGGAGUGGGCGAGGGAGGCGAAGAAGAAACUCUGCUCGGGUCGUUCACCUACGACGUGGAGAAAGAGCCGACCCAGACGUUCCUUCUGCAGAACAAGCCUCACGGUGCCUUUCGGUUCAUCCGACUUCUCAUAAAUAGCAACUGGGGGGAGUCGGACCACGCCUGCAUUUACCGCGUGCAGGUUCGUGGAAGGAUAACGGGAGCGGAAGCCGUCGGCCAGGCACGAGGAAACCUCAAGUGAAAAUCAAAACCGAAGAAGGGCAGCAGAUCCCCCCCCCGAGCAUAGGAACGCGGCUGCGGGUCUGGAGCAGAGCCGUGUCCGUUCACAGGCCCCCUCCAAGGCCACAUGGGGCCUAGGCACAGCGGGGAGCCUGGGCGGACCUGGGACACGUGUGGAGGCCUGGGCUGGGGAGGGAGGGGGGUGUGUGGCCAAUAUCACCCCCAGGAAUUCCUUGCUCAACCAGGAGGAAUCCCCCUGCUUGGUUCAGAGGCACAAGCAGCUGCUCGGACUGGCCGUGCCUGGCGUGGGGGGCCAGUGUUGUCUGUUCCUGGGGCGGCUGGAUCCGGCUGUGACACUGGCUCAGGACGGCGGCCGCCAGGCAUCUGGUCCGUGCCCACCGGUGUGGCAGCCCCACGUAGGACCCUCCCGCGAGGAGCAGCCAGAGCCACGGGGGCGCUUGGAAGAAUAGAAACGUUUUGGGGGCUUGCUUUCCUCGUUCCUGAGAGAGGGAGUUUACUAGCCGUGGGAUUGGCAGAAAUCCAGGAGGAGGAUGUGUGCGUCCUCAGUUUGUGUAGCCUAAUCUCUGGCCUGGGGUAACGUCAGAAUGGGGCUUUUGUAAGAGCUGCGGGACCACGCAGAAGACUCCAGGCAGCACAGCGGAAGGGGUUAGGGCCCGGUGGACCGCCAGGCUUCCAGCUGUGUUGUGCCUAAAUAGAGUGAGAGCUAUUUGUAGUCCCUUGGCGACAGUACGAAUGCGUAGCCCGGUCAAAUAAAAUCUGCACUGAUUUCUUCCAAA